CGGCGGUAGCGCCGAGACCUCGCCGCGCUGAUGGCGUCGCCCGGAAGUGGAAUUACUGGUCAAAGGACGUGCAGAUUUGGGAGAAGUGGCCCCAGAAAUAAAAGCAUCUGAGAGACGAACAGCGGUGGCCAUCGCAGCACGAUAUCAGCGCCCGGUCUCCCAUUCCUGGACGAGCAGCAGGCAGCCGUGCACACACGGCAGGUGGGAACGAGCCAGAGUGGGCAGAGAGAACCCUGUCCGGGUACCAAGAGCUCUGCUGUGCCGCUUCUGGUCACAGAGGUGCAGACGCAGAGGGCCUCAUGGUUGCCAGCCCCUCCCUCUCCAGCUGAAGUGACUUCCAGGGCAUUUCCAGGCCAGCAUCCUGCCUUCCAUGAACUUUUUGCUCUGACUGUGACUGUGUGUUCCUAAAGAAAGUCUCAGAAAAGACCUCGGAGGACCUAACUUGUACACCUCCGUUUGAUCCCAGGCACAGAGAUCGCCUCCGAUGAUCCCGCAGACAAAGACAAUAACAAAAAGCAGAAAGCCCUGGGAGAGGUGGGAGGAACCUGGUUUCCAGAGUUACCACACUAUUAGAUUCAGAUGUCCAGUGUGCAGCAGCAGAAUCCCAGGAGAAGCACGGGAUAGGGAAGUCCGGCCCACUCAGGGAGGGAGCGUAACUGAUCCACGGCUGUCUCUGAAGAGACGCAGCGGCAGAUGUAUCAGACAAAGACUUUAUGACGGUCCUGAAGAUGUGGCGCAUCUAGAGGAAGGUGUGCAGGAAGGCAAGAAUGCGAUGUGUGAACAAAACCUUAGCAUCCGUAAAGAGCUGGAAAGCCCGAGAGACCGAAGGAAAGAUUUGGAAUGGAGAGACAUGGAUGCAGAUGACUAUGGUGCAAAUGAGGCUCAGGACAGUGACUUCCCAGCAGUGGAGAGGAGCAGGCUGCGGGAGAUGCUGUCGCUUCUGGGCCUGGACACCUACCAGGCCCACAAGCUCAGCCUCCAGGACUUCCUGCAGAUCAGCAGCGACAGCAUGAAGAACCGGGCCCCUCAGGCCCCCAGGGACUUGCCCUGGAAUUUCCUCAGGAAGCUGCAGGCUCUCAGCUCUGAAGCCCGGAGCACCACCAUGGUGCUGGACGCGCCCCCGGACGCCAGGCCUGCAGAGAAGGAGAGCCAGAUGGAGGAGGAGAUCAUCUACUGGGACACGGCCGACGAUCUCGCCGCGGACAUCUACUCCUUCUCUGAGCUGCCAACGCCCGACACACCCGUGAACCCCUUGGACCUUCUCUGUGCCCUUCUGCUGUCCUCAGACAGUUUCCUGCAACAAGAAAUCGUGCACAAGAUGUCCCUCUGCCAGUUUGCCCUCCCCCUUGUCCUGCCUGACUCGGAGAACCACUACCACACGUUUCUGCUGUGGGCCCUGAGGGGUGUUGUGCGGACAUGGUGGGCGCAGCCCCCACGGGGGGUGGGCAGCCUUCGCGAAGACAGCGCGGUCCUGUCGCGGGCGCCUGCCGUCGCCUUCGUGCGCAUGGAGGUCAGCAGCAACUCCAAGUCCCAGCUCCUCAACGCCGUGCUGGGCCCGGGCCACAGGCCACGGGACUGCUUCUGGCACCGUGACCUGAACGUGGGCACCAACCCUCGGGAGAUCGCAGACGGGCUGGUGGAGGUCUCCUGGUUUCUUCCCAGUGGCCGGGAGGACCUGGAUGUUUUCCCGGAGCCGGUGGCCUUCCUGAACCUCCGGGGCGACAUUGGGUCUCACUGGCUGCAGUUCAAGCUGUUGACCGAAGUGUCCUCCGCCGUGUUCAUCUUGACGGACAACAUCAGCAAGAAGGAGUACAAGCUGCUGUACUCCAUGAAGGGGUCGGCCACGAAGUACUACUUCAUCCUGAGCCCGUACCGCGGGAAGCGCAACACCAACCUGCGGUUCCUCAACAGGCUCAUCCCGGUGCUCAGGAUGGACCACUCGCACGUGCUGGUGAAGGUCAGCAGCACUGACGGCGCCGGCUUCGUGCGCAGGGUGCGCGCCAUUGUGGCUCACGUGGUGCGGGCCCCCUGCCGGAGGCUGUCCGUGGAGGAGAUGGCGCACGCGGCGCGCAAGCUGGGCCUGCGCGUGGACGAGGACUGCGAGGAGUGCCAGCGGGCGCGCGGCCGGGCGGAACGCAUCACCCGGAGGGUCAAGGACGCGGACGCCUACCGCAGGGACGAGCUGCGGCUGCAGGGCGACGCCUGGAGGAAGGCGGCCCAGGUGGAGAAGGAGCUGUGCCGGGCCCAGUGGGCCGGGGACCCCCCAGACAAGGAGCUGAGGCAGCGGCUGCUGGAGCUGCGGGCGCAGCAGCUCGGGCACGAGCCCGCCGGGGGCCUGCAGGAGUUCAUCUCGGGCAUCAGCGGCCCAGCCCCGGGCGAGAAGCUGUACUUCCUGAGGUGGAUGGAGUGGGGGCUGGCCCGGGUGGCCCCGCCGAGGCCACGGCAGCCUCCUGAGACCAUCCUCGCGCUGAGACCGAAGCACUGUGGGGGUGCAGAGUCCGGCGAGCCCCUGGGCGUGGAGCACUUCCUGCGGGAGAUGGGGCAGUUUUACGAGGCGGAGAACUGCCUGGUGGAGGCGGGGAAGCUGCCGGCCGCGCAGAGGCGCUUCGCCCACUUCCCGGGCUUGGCCUCGGAGCUGCUGCUGAAGGGGCUGCCGGUGGAGUUGAUCGAUGGGAGCGCGCGGAGCACCCCGCUGCGCUGGGUCUCGGGUCUCCUCCGGGAGCUGCACGCGCGCCUGGAGCGGAGGCCGCGGCUCGUGGUCCUGUCGGCGCUGGGCCUGCCGGGCACGGGCAAGUCCACGCUGCUCAACACCAUGUUCGGGCUGCGCUUUGCCACGGGGCGGGGCCGGGGGCCUCGAGGGGCCUUCAUGCAGCUCGUCUCGGUGGCCGAGAGCUUCAGCCAAGACCUGGGCUGCGACCACAUCCUGGUGAUAGACUCCGGGGGCCUGAUCGGUGGGGCCCUGGCCUCAGCUGGGGAGCGGUUCGAGCAGGAGGCCUCCCUGGCCACGCAGCUCCUGGGGCUGAGCAACGUCACCGUGGUCAGUUUAGCCGAGACCAGGGACAUACCGCCGGCCAUUGUGCACGCGUUUCUGAGGUUGGAGAAGACCGGGCGUGUGCCCAACUGUCAGUUUGUGUGCCAGAACCUUCAUGACGCGUGUGCCCCUGGGCCCAGGCCGCGAGAGAGGAGGCCGCUCCUGGAUCCCCCCGGUGAGGUGGGCAGGGCCGCGGCGCACACGGAGAGACCGGGUGGUGGCAUGCGGACGCUGGCAGGCCUGGCCUUCUGUGACCCCGGAAAGCAGCAUAUUUGGCACAUCCCGGGCCUGUGGCACGGGGUGCCUCCCAUGGCCGCGGUAAGCCUGGCGUACAGUGAGGCCAUUUUUGAGUUAAAGCGAUGCCUUCUGGAGAACAUCCGGAACGGCCUGUCCAACCCCAACAAAAACAUCCAGCAGCUCAUUGAGCUUGUCAGGCGGCUCUGAGCGUCUGGGGGGAGGCCCAUUCCAGGGCUGGGGUCCUCACGAGGCCAUGCCCGGAGCCUGAGCGGGGCUGGCGGCCCACCUGUGUGAGAAGGGAGAGAAGCAGAAACUGGGGGCCUAGGGUUUCCUACACAGUGUUGAGGAAGGAGGUGACCUCACAGCCUGGGUUGGAGGUGCUCUCAGGAGCAGAGUGGCCCUUGGCCGGGGGAGGUGGGGGGGAUGACGCAGCAGUGCUCUGUGUCCAGGCUCCCUCUCUGUGCCCCUGGAGCGCAGCUGAGACGCUGUCCCGAGGAAGUGGGGGCAGGCCUUUGGCGACUCCGUCCUGCCAGUUCGACUGCCCUGUCCCCCACGGCCGUCUCUUUACACCGUCCCCCUGCAGCCGUCUGUUUACAACUCCACCACACUCAGCCCAGCGCAUCCCUCCUGCCCAGCUCCCGAGUCUGCCCCCCACCCCCGCCAGGCUGUGAGCUCCUUGAGGGGAGGACUGUGUGUGACUCCACUCUGUCCCCUGGGGCCUGGCAAGGGGCGUGGCACACUGUAGGCACUUAAUAAAUGUUUGUUAAAA